UCUUUCCGUGCCCCACCAAACCCCCAAGUCUUCUCCCGGCCAAACAACGACAGCCAUUGCGCUGUUGCAGCGUCGAAUCAGUUCGCGAUACGAGAUAGAUUCCCCAGAAGGCUGAAACCUCAGGCGUCGAAGUGGGGUAAUGGACGAUGGCCGACCGACGACCACUCAUCAGCAGGUCCUCAGACGUCUCUAUCCCGCCGAACACGACUGCCAGCGCGCGCACAUUGCCGCCGCUCGACUUUACUUCGCACUCGCUGCCGCUAGGCUUCACUCCAACUUCACAGGCUCGUACACCGACGAGCCCGCCCAAGUCGCGCCCCGGUUACACGAGGCUGCACAGCGAUCCCUCGGGGCUUGAGCGGAGUCCGUCGCACACGCUGCACGAGGAGAAUGGAGAGGAUGGUGAGGAUGGCGAGGACAGUAUCGAGCACACGUUUAAGCCUAGGGCGAGGGCACGUGUGAGUGGUCUUGGCAUCGCGACUUCUGCUCCCGCUGGUGCUUCCGCGCAAGGCAGGAGGGUCUCGAUACAGACCAUCCCCAGGGUCCCCGUUGGCGCGAAGAGUCCCAUACAAAGCCCGAGCAUCAGCAGCAUCGGCAGCAUCGGCAGCCCCCCAAACACAGGUGACCCGCUGUUUGGAGGCUUUCCCAAGGAUUCUGCAGGCAGCACGCCAGACCUGAGACGGGAAAGGUUCAGUCCACAGGACGGCGGCGAUUAUCAGCAAUACCUGCAUUCUCCAGACACGGAAAGGCUACGCAAGGGAGCUCCCUCCUUAAGGUCCGCCUAUGAGAAUGACUUCCACCCUACGGUCGAAUGUCCGACCGCGAAGGACUUCUACCAGUCUCGUUUCUCCUGGCUCUCAGUCACCGUCAUCAUCCUUUGCCUCUUCUCUACCAUCUUCUCUGCAAUUUUCCUUGGCUUGGCGUGGAAGGGGCCGCGCUAUGGCCGCAGAAUCACAACUCAUGGCUCUCUAACCCCAGCAGCUGCCAUCGUGCUGACCUCGGUGAUGGCGAAGCUCAUCGAACUCUCGUUUGUCACGUCGUUUGUGGCAUUUCUCGGUCAAGUGCUGAGCAGGAGGGCUUUUAUGAAAGAGCAGGGCAGGGGCGUCACUCUUUCUGAGCUUUCCAUGUGGCGAUGGGUCGUGCAACCUGGAACUCUCAUCACGCAUUGGGAAACGGCGAGAUAUUCUGGGUUCACUGUCUUGGGUAUCCUCAGCCUUCUUAGUGCAGCCUUAGCUACUUUGUACGCACCAGCUGCAAGUGCUCUCGUCCAACCCCAACUUAAAGCCGGAAAGUGGGAAAACAUGGUUCUAGCAAGCAAAGUCAGGUCCUCGUUUGCAAACACGAACUAUGUCAAACGAAUAUGCGAAACGCCCAUUCGCACUGACAGUGAAUACGGGGGUAGCACAUGUUUGCAAAUCGAACAUGCCGCACAGGGCUAUCAUAACUACCAGCGUUAUCUAGCCUAUUGGAACACCGCUUCGAACAAUGGUAACGGUACUUCGGACCAGACCAAGCGGCCACCGGGCUUCGCUCUGAUGCACGAGAAUACGACGGUCAUACCUCAAUGGAUCAAUGUCAUUGACACGAAAGAGGUCUCAAAACAUUAUAAGCGCGCCGUCAACAACGUUUCUCUCGCUUUCCCCCACUCCGGCCUCUUCCAGGCCGCUCGCGAUGCGAGAAAUGACAUCCUACAGCCAGAUGACCUCAAUUCCGAAGGAGCCUACUCGCUGCGUGGAUCUGUACCAUCGCCUGUUAUGCAUGUUCUUUGCACCAAUUUGGAUCGAGACGAAUUAAAGCCGAUUGUUUACGAUGAAUGGAACGACGAGCUUGUAAAUAUUACAACAUGGACAACCCUCCAGGCCAAUGCGACAACGAAGAACGCAACAAUAGUGGAUGACUUGUUCGGGUGGACUAAGAAAGACAAAAAUGGGAUAGACUACCCUCCCGUGUUUGCCAGGCUCCCUGGGCCGUUCAAUACCAUUAUGAAUCACACUACCCCGGGUAGAUACGGACGAGACUCGAUAUACCUGCUAGGACAAGGCGGCAAAGACUCAGGAGCCAACCUAACUGGACAAUUUGUUCUAUGCCAAAUCAAAGUCUCAAUAUCGCCAUAUUGCAGCUCUACUUACAACGCCUCUGGAUCUGGCGGGUCACUGGAAGCAAAUUGUGAAGACGAGAAUGAUGGGCUUAUGUACAUCAAAAGUCUCACUAAUGCCACGGAGGUCCGACAUGUGCCGGAUUGGAGAGACAUCGGUUUCGAUUGGGCUAACAGCAUGUCUCUAAACACAGGAAUUAUGGAUGGGGAUGCCAGCAAUUCGCGACUCUUAACGCAGCUCAUCUUACAGAAGAAAGAAGAUAGCAAAGGAGAUGAUGCGGAUUUUGAUCUGAACCCCACGCUUCCGAGUCCUGCGGAAGCAUUAGCGGUCAUGUCAGGCUGUACGCUAUUGAUGAGCGCACAGGACACGCCUUUCGUAGAAUUCUGGAACUACACCGUAACAAUCCUCGAGGAACCCGCAACUCAAUACUUCAACGCCUCAAUCAAAGCCCAGCAAUACGCCUCUGGUGGUGUCGAUAGUGGCUCCAAAGGCUUCCUUCUCGUCCUCCUCCUCGUCUUCCUCAUGAACAUCUUCGUCCUCGUCUAUUUCUUGCUCCACCGCGGUCUCGUCACUGAUUUCUCUGAACCACCGAAUCUUUUCGCACUCGCUGUUAACUCCCCACCAUCUCACCUACUAGCUGGUAGUUGUGGAGGAGGGCCGGAAGGGAAACAGUAUGUCGUGAAUUGGUUCGUUAACAAAGAAAGGGAUCAUUUGUACAUGGAACCUGGUCAACACGCCGUUGCACACAGGCAUCCUCAUGGUGUCACACGCACUCAACCUACGGCUAAGCCCGGCGGCGCGAGUUCUAUUAUGAGUGCCAUAUCUUCCAGAGUUGAUAAAUUGCGCGAUCGGGGUCUGAACCUCCGGGGAAAGAAAAGCCAAGCAUUGCUAAGGCCAGCUAGCGUAGUCGAAGGGGAAUUUGAGCUCGAAGAUGGAGAGAGGAGCUCAAGGACGGCGAGACAGUAUGCUAAGCUAGCAAAAAGGAGGAGUAUGCUCUGAAGCUUGCG